AUGGUUGAGGAGUCGGGAUACGGGGAGGCAGCAGCAACCGCAGCCACGGCAGCAGUAGCACCUCCUCCACAGACACCUCCCCUGUUCAAAAUGGCGGCUCUCGAGCAAAACCCCGCCGACGAAUUGGUCGAUUAUGAGGAAGACGAGCAGCAAAACGACACAAAGGAGAAGGGUGUGGGCGAGGAAGCAGUAGGUCGAGGCAACUACGUCUCCAUCCACGCCAGCGGCUUCCGCGAUUUUUUCCUCAAGCCAGAGCUCCUCAGGGCCAUAGGAGACGCAGGUUUCGAGCAUCCCUCUGAAGUGCAGCAUGAGACGAUCCCCCACGCAAUUACCGGCGUAGACAUUUUAUGUCAGGCGAAGAGUGGUAUGGGAAAGACAGCGGUUUUCGUGUUGUCGAUAUUGCAGCAGCUCAACGUCGACUCAGCAGCAGCAGCAGGCGCGGGGGCGGCUACCAAGCGCGCCGGUGGCGGCGACGCCGCAGAGGGAACUUCUGCCACUGCAGCAACAUCAGCAGCAGACAGCAGUGCUGUGCCUGGAGUCAUGUGUCUGGGGCUGGCCCACACACGCGAGCUGGCGUUUCAGAUUAAGAACGAGUUUGAGCGUUUCAGCAAGUACCUGAAGCACGUCAAAUGUGAAGUCGUCUAUGGUGGCGUGCCCAUUCAGAAGAACAUCGAACUGCUCGCAGACCCCAAACGCGUCCCGUCCAUCCUCAUCGGCACCCCAGGCAGAGUCCUUGCACUACUCAAGGGCAAGCAUCUCGACCCCAGCAAGAUUGCUCACUUUGUCCUAGACGAAUGCGACAAGUGCCUCGAGAAGCUCGACAUGCGCAAAGACGUACAGUCCAUCUUUGUCUCUACACCCAAGAAAAAACAAGUCAUGUUCUUCUCGGCCACGAUGGGGCGGGAGAUGCGGGCAGUUUGCAAGCGCUUUAUGCAAAACCCGGUGGAGGUCUUCAUCGACGACGAGAGCAAGCUGACCUUGCACGGCUUGCUGCAGUACUACGUGAAGUUGGCAGAGGCAGACAAGAACCGCAGGCUGAACGAUUUGCUGGAUUCUCUCGAGUUUAACCAGGUCAUCAUCUUCGUGAAGUCUGUAUCAAGAGCCCAGGCCCUCAACAAACUCCUCACCGAGUGCAACUUCCCAUCCAUCGCCAUUCACGCCGGCCUUGACCAGGAGGAAAGGAUCAACCGUUAUCAGCAGUUCAAGAACUUCGAAAAGCGCAUUAUGGUCGCCACCGACCUCUUCGGGCGCGGAAUCGAUAUUGAACGUGUCAACAUCGUCGUCAACUACGAUAUGCCGGAGAGCAGCGACUCUUACCUACACAGGGUCGGCCGUGCUGGCCGCUUUGGAACAAAAGGGUUGGCUGUGACCUUCGUGGCUAGUCAGGAGGACACGAACGUGUUGAACGAUGUGCAGACGCGUUUUGAAGUUCACAUCCCAGAGAUGCCUGCAACAAUUGACGCUUCUCAGUACAUCAACCAGUAA